UCCACGUCAGUGGCACGGGGGGCGCGAGUGUGGCGAUGAUCACACAAAGCAGCGCCUGUGUGCGGAGAUGCUGAUCGGCGAAGCUCCUGCAUUUGCCUGGUGUUUGUGCCUCUCCUCAGGGUCACUCGCAGAGUCCGUGGUGUCGUGUGUGGGCCAUUUGGGUGACGGAAGACGACCGAAAAGCUGCCCACUUUAGCUCCGCUGUGGAACACACUCACUGUUCGCGCACUGGCGGCAUGGAGGCAUCGGCUGGCCAGCUGUGCCUCCCAGUCUUAGCCGAGCACGCGGGCUGACGGGGUAUCUGGGAUAGAGGAGCCGUUGCGUAAGGCCGCAGAUAAAGCCCAACACGCGGAUCCGCGAGAGAGAGUGCCGAAAGUGGGCAGUGCUGUUGCGCCCUGUGUCAUGAAGUGAUCUAAACAGGCUUCCCGGAGUCCCUGGACUGUUUUGCUCCCCACAGUGCGUGUCUGUGCGACAAUGGCGAGAUUCACGGGUGAAUCGGCGGUGAAGUGCCGCUUCGGGCGGCGCAGCAAAUGUCCUCCGGUGCCCGAGGAGGCUGAGGACAUCCAUGAGAAGCUCUUGCAUCAGCAUCACGCGGAAAAUGGCCCCAAAAAUAGCUGUGCCUUCGUCAGCCAAUGCUGCAGCUGCUGGAACCGGAUGAACUACUGCAACAGAGCCGUGCUGCUGGGCACCGCCGGCAUCCUGAUGGCCCUGUGCGCGCUCUCCGUCUACGUGGCCUUCUUCACGCCCACCUGGUGGCCAAAGACGCUAGACGAGCCGGCGCCCACGGACGCCCUGCGUCCGCCCAACCCCCAAGUGCCGCAGCCUCCAUCGCCAUCGACGAUGCACGUCUUCCAGAACGCUGCCGUGUGCUCCGACUCUGACGCAUGCAGCCGCGUGGGCAGGGAUGUCUUCACGCGCGGCGGUCAUGUGGUGGACGCCGCAAUCGCCACGAUGUUCUGCCUGGGACUGACCAAUAUGCAGAGCAUGGGCAUUGGGGGUGGCUUCAUCAUGAACUUGUACCUGCGAGAUCAGCAGAAAGCCUACACGCUGGACGCCCGCGAGAUCUCCGCGUCGGCCGCCUUCGAAAGGAUGCAUUUGCAUGACGAGAAAUCCACAAUCGAGGGUCCGCUGUCGCUGGGCACGCCCGGUGAGCUGAUGGGCUACUGGGAGGCGCAUCAGCGCUUCGGCCGGCUGCCGUGGAGAGACCUCGUGGCGCCGGCCAUCAAAGUGUGCGAGCAGGGCUUCCCUAUGAGUCGCCACAUGGAGGACUCCACGAAGAUCAACCCGCGCAUCCAGCACGACCGCAUGUUGCGGCAGCUGCUCUUCAACGAGACCACGGGCACCUUCCGCCGAAUGGGCAGCAUCGUGCGCCCCACGAGGCUGUGCGAGACUCUGAGAAUGGUGGCCGAUAACGGUGGAAUGGACCUGUACAACGGCACGCUGGCAGAACUGUUCCUGGAGGAUCUGAAAGAGCUGGGCAGCAUCAUCACUCGCGAGGAUCUCGAGGCGUAUCGCGUCAAGUGGUCAGAAUCGAUUCCUAUCAAGAUGAACGGAGACACGAUGUACAUCAUUCCACCUCCAGGCAGUGGCCUUCUGCUUGGCUUCAUCAUGAAGAUUCUCAAAGGCUAUCACUUCUCUGCGGACAGCAUUGCCACCAAGAAUGAGACAAUCAGGACAUACCAUCGCAUCAUUGAGGCCUUCAAGUGGACGUACGGCAAGAGGACAGAAAUUGGAGACCCAGAUUUUGUCAACAUUACACAACUAAUUAACGAUCUCACGUCGGAUGAGUUUGCGGAGGAUAUUAGGCGCAAGAUCGACGACCUGGCCACGAGUCAGCAGCCCAAAGACUACGGUGGCAAUUUCCACAUCUCUGAGGACAAGGGAACUGCCCACAUCUCCCUCCUAGCGCCCAACGGCGACGCCAUUUCUGUGACGAGCUCCGUGAAUUUCUACUUUGGAUGCGGAAAUAUGGGCAAUCGCACAGGGAUAAUAUUCAACAGUGGCAUGGAUGACUUCUCAUCGCCUGGACUGAAGAACUACUUCGGCCUUCCCGGCUCCCCGCCCAAUUUUAUCCGCCCACGAAAGCGUGCGCUUUCCUCCAUGUCGCCCACGAUCGUCGUUGGCAACGAUGGCAACGUGAAGCUGGUCAUCGGCGCGGCUGGAGGGACGAAGAUCACGACUGCCGUCGCGAUGGCCACCAUGAGGAUCCUCUGGUUUGGGCAGGACGUUAAAGAGGCGGUGGACGCGCCGCGCUUCCACCAUCAACUCAUUCCCAUGUGGGUGGACUACGAGUACGGCAUGGAGGAGUACUUGGUGGAGGGCCUGACGGCGCUGGGUCACAAGACAAACCGCUACAACUACCGAGGCUCCAUCAUUUGCGCCAUCAAGAAGAACGACACGGCGAUUUACGCGAACGCAGACUUCCGCAAAGAGGGAGACGUUUUUGGAUUCUAA